AUGAAUAGCACCGUUUCAUCUAAAAACAACAAUUUAUCUUCACUUAGAGGAUGUAAAGGCGAAAAUCCAUUGAAAGUUAGCACGGCAAGAAAUGUGCUACAGGAAAAUAGUAGCUUUGCUGCAUUCGUAGAUCGAAUGCAUGCUGUUAAUCGGGUAUUUCUAGUAAAAAAGAAAAGAGAAUCGGAGGUGGAGACGGUGUCGUGUCCUGUUCCGGUGGAUAUUGACGCCGGGGCCGAGGCUCAUUUGGCUUACGUUGAUGCCGAGUCAAAGUGGCUAGACUGCUGUUUGCGAGAGUUUCUUGAAAGGAGAUCCAGGCAUGGAGCAAGCGGUCGCUUCCUCCUUCGUUUGUUGGUAGCGUUAGUGACGGUGUUGGGAGUUUUGUGGUAUAGUUGGCCCCUGUGGGAAUGCCUCAUCGAUGUGGAGGCGGAGGUGCACUAUAGAGUUCUUGGAAUUUCUCCUGCUGCCCAACCAAAUGAGAUAAAGCGUGCGUAUCGGGAGGCUGUUAAGCGCUGGCAUCCUGAUCGAAAUCCAAACUGUGAUUCUUGUCGUGCUCAGAUGCUAAAAGUGCAACAGGCACAUGAUGUUUUGCUGGCCCGAGGGAGUAAACGAUUUGAAUUGGCUGAAAAAUAUAGAGAAGAGCUUUUCCAACUCCGUUCUUUGGUGUUCUUUCGUUUGUACGACAUGGCGUUUUAUGCAGCUCAAGAGUUGUAUUACUUGAUCCGAGGAAAUUGGAUGAGGCGUGACGAUGAUCAAAAAGGUUUUGCUUUGUAUCUUCAAGUGGUAUGCCGGAUUUUGACGAUGGGAUUGUUUACAACGUAUGAGUUUUUAUACGUUUCCGGUUUUAACGUUGUGGUGAUUCUUCAGGUGUUUUAUUACUGCGUCUCUGUGACUAGGAUAUCUGUGGCAGAGCGAGAGAUGUCAAGAAUGGUAAAGCAUUCUUAUUUUGAUUUUUACCGAGAAGCCGUGACGUUCGUUGCUAUACCUCUCUUGCUUCAUGUCGCCCAACGACUCAGCGGGAAAGCGGAGGAUUCUGGAGAAGAUGGAUUAGAAUUUGUCUUUCGUCUGUCGUUUGGUAUCCUAUAUGUUAUGUCUCACUUGUAUCGGAUGACUCCAAAUCUGUGGGACAAUUUUGCCAUGAGAAAAUGCUCUAUCCCGCUUAAUUAUCUACGACUUCCCGCGAAAACCAUUAGACUUCAAGGCUUUUUGUUUACGGAAUUGGGGAUCAUAUUGGAUGACUUGUUUGCUUUUACGUGUCGAGUGCCUUCCAUAUUUCGUCUCACGGUUAUCGUCGUGCAUGCCAUAUUUUUGUGUGAGCUCGCAUGGCUUCCGCAUGAUGCUCCAGUGACCGUGGUCUUGGGUCGGCAAUAUGCAGAGAAAAACAUGAAGGGAAAGAGGGAGACUGCAAAGAAAAGCCUAACGGAAAAAACCGGAACUAAAGGGACGUUAAGUCGGGAUGGCGAGCGCGAAGUUCCGGAGCCCUCUCCGCAUUACUUGUCCAAAGAGGAACGUGCUCUUGUGGAAAAUUUGGACGAUGAACCAAUCACUUGGCUUGACAUUGUGAGUACCAAGUAUAAACGUAGGAUGGAUUUUGCUGUGGCUGCCUGCAUGCGUCAAAAGCAGGGUGCCAUAACGUUUGAUCUUGCACCAACUUCAAAUCUUCAGGAGGUUGUUUUUGUAAGUAUUGCGCGAAGCUCCGCUAGUACGCCGGUAAAAGUGGAUGUACUCUUUCGUGCGAAGGAUGAAGUGUGUAGUCGUCUUUUGGCCCUACAGCGGGGCCCCUUCGGGUGUAUUCCAUCGGAGCCAUCUGAAAAUGGAAGUCCGACUUUAAUUGCUCGGAGGUAUGCCAAGAUAACUGGAAAAGAAGGCCAUUGCAGCCCUUCUGAGAUAUGGGGCUCGAAACUCUCAGCUGCCAAGUUAAACGCCGAAGAUGAUGGCGCAGUCAUCUUGAUUGCCUUCAUACUUGUCUCGCUUCUCUGUGUGGCGGCAUUUGCACAAAGGUUGCCGGUAAACGAGUAUCUGAGGUAUUCAACUGAUCUUUCUUACUUUCAUCAGCCACUGCGUGACACAUGGCGAAGGUUUCUCCCUAUGGAGCAGCUACUCAAACAGAGUGGUACUGGUUUAGUCACCGUUUUUGGCCAUAUAUUCUGUUUUGUGGAUGUUUUAGAUGCACUCAAGCACAUGUACUUUUAA